CGUAAAACCAAAAGCAAUGUAAAAAGGGGGCCAAGGGUCUGCGGUUGGUGAUGAUGAUAACCCUUUGAUGCCGUCGUCCGGUAUCCCAGUCCCACAAACGCGCUAUCAGCUGAAGGAGAAAGAAGACUGGACACUAAAUCGCAAAGACAAAUCGCUUUUGGCGGGGAUUUAUUCGAAGAGGGGAAGCCUUAGUCCAGGCGGUGAAGGAGACACCAAGUCGAGGGAACAGGCCAAUGUUUUUAGGGUGGAAAGAGGUUGAAAGUUGUAUGGUAGAGAGAGGUGGUAAUAACGCUGUGUCCCGUCAGGUCUCGCCGUUGUUCUGUCCGGUCACAGUCCCAAGGUGGGGU